CACACUCACACACACAGAGAUAACAAAGAAAAUAUGCUCUUCUCAUCGAAAUCCAAGUCAAGAACAGUUCACCACUACCACGAGGAGAGAGAUAAAGAAAACGGAGAAGACAGCGGCGAAGCAUCCACUUCUCUAACAGUUUGGACAAAAUCGCUCCUUUACGGCUGCAGCGGCUUCUCCGUCAUCGGCUCCGACGGCGGUUUGGCCUAUCGGGUCGACAACUACAGUUGUCGACCCGAUCAUACCGUCCUUAUGGACGGUUCCGGCAAUCCCAUUUUCACCAUCUGCCGCCGCAAGAAGCUAGGCCUAUUGGACUACUGGCUUGUCUACGAAGGAGAUGUCUGCAAACACAGCAACAACGAAUCGAUGAAACCUAUGUUUUAUGCGAGGAAAAAUAUGAGUCUGAGGCAGACAAAAGUGGAUGAUGUGUUAGCCUAUAUUUACUGUGGGAUGUCGGAAAAGAGAUGCAUGUAUGUGGUUGAAGGCUCAUUCAGACAUCGAUCGUGUAAGAUUUUGGGAGAAUCGGGGAGAGCAGUUGCAGAGAUUAAGAAGAAAGAAGCCAUGUCCAAAGGUGCAUCUUUUGGUUUAGAGGUGUUUGAUUUAGUCACUAAGCCAGGUUUCCACUGCAGAUUUGCCAUGGCUAUUGUGUUAUUACUUGACCAGAUGUACUCUUAAAGUUGGGGACACAAAUCAAUACAAGUUUUGUUCAUCUA